AUGUCGGUUCUUCCCCUGCGAGUGAAAAUGUUGCGGCAGGUCUGGAGGUUGAAGGGCAUCGUCAUCCUCGUCUGCAGCCCGUUCAUCCUGCUGCCGCUCGCUGUCAGCACCACGGAGGCGGCCUGUGCUUAUGUCAUAGCCCUCAUGGCGGUGUACUGGUGCACUGAGGUGUUGCCCCUGCCGGUGACAGCACUGCUGCCGACCAUCCUGUUCCCCGUCCUCGGCAUCAUGGAGUCCAGAGACGUGUGUAUGCAGUACCUGAAGGACACUAACAUGCUGUUUGUGGGGGGACUGAUGGUGGCCGUGGCCGUGGAGCACUGGAACCUCCACAAACGCAUCGCGCUCAGGGUGCUGCUGCUGGUCGGGGUCCGACCUGCCCUGUUGAUGCUGGGAUUCAUGGGGGUGACAGCCUUCCUGUCCAUGUGGAUCAGCAACACGGCCACCACUGCCAUGAUGGUACCCAUUGUCCAGGCCAUCCUGGAUCAGCUGAACUGCAACGUAGACGCUGAACCCUCCUCUAAGAGCCAGAGAAAGAGUGUCGUUCUACACAUGGAACAUGAGGAGAAAACCGGCAGUGUCCCGCAAACUGCUACUCCAAACAUCCUGGAGAACGGUCUGAAUGGGGUAACCAUAACAGAAGGCAACUCAGAGAAUAUCAGGAACCUACAAGUGACAAAGUCAGAGGCUCAGAUGGACAGACAGGAAACUGUCAAACCUACACCACAGGACAAACCUCCAUCAGACUGCACCAGCAGUGGGCCUGUGGUCGUUUCCGUGGAGAAUGUCUGCUAUCAGAUGGAGUUGGAGGAGCUGAGCAAUGAGGAGGAGGAGAGGAAGAGGAUGAGUAAAGGACUCCUGCUCUGUGUGUGCUACGCUGCUAGCAUUGGAGGCAUCGCCACUCUGACCGGAACCGGACCCAACCUGGUUCUGAUUGGCCAGAUGAGCCAGCUCUUCCCUCAGAACGGUGACGUGAUCAACUUUGCAUCCUGGUUUGCGUUCGCCUUCCCCACCAUGGUGCUGACGCUGACCCUGGCCUGGUUCUGGUUGCAGUUCCUCUACAUCGGCUGCAACCUGCGGAGGACGUGGGGUUGUGGGGCGGUCCAGUCGGAGAAGGAGCAAGCAGCGUUUGAAGUGAUCAGGGAGGAGCAUCGGCGUUUAGGACCAAUGAGCUAUGGAGAGGUCAAUGUGUUGGCACUCUUCAGCCUGAUGGUGUUGCUGUGGUUCACACGAGACCCACGCUUCAUGGAUGGCUGGGCCACCCACGUCUUCAACUCCAAGGCUGAGUUUGUCACUGAUGCUACCGUCUCUCUGUUCGUUGCUGUUUUACUGUUUGUUCUUCCCUCUGAACCGCCACACUUCCUCUGCUUCUGGAGGAGCUCUGACACAGAGUCCCAGGUGUCACGAGGCCCUGCCCCUCCUUUGCUCACCUGGCAGGUGACUCAGAAGAAGAUGCCCUGGAACAUUGUCCUUCUGCUUGGAGGAGGUUUUGCUUUGGCCAAAGGCAGCGAGGAGUCAGGUCUGUCCCGCUGGCUCGGCACUCAGAUGACACCGCUCCACUCCAUCCCUCCCUGGGCCAUCGCCAUCAUCCUCUGCCUCCUUAUUGCCACCUUCACCGAGUGUGCCAGCAAUGUCGCCACGGCAACGCUCUUCCUGCCUAUCCUGGCCUCCAUGUCCCAGUCUAUAAGCUUGAACCCUCUGUACGUGAUGAUCCCCUGCACCCUCAGUGCCUCCUUCGCCUUUAUGCUACCUGUGGCCACACCGCCCAAUGCCAUUGUCUUCUCCUAUGGUUUGCUCAAAGUGUCCGACAUGGCUAGAGCAGGCGUGGUUAUGAACAUCAUUGGGAUCGGCUGCAUUAGUCUGGCCAUCAACAGUUGGGGUCGCGUCAUGUUUAGCCUGGACUCAUUCCCUUCAUGGGCCAACACCACUGUACCUGUGUAG